AUGUUAUUUGCAAUUAUUUCACACAACAUUGAUUUUGUUACAUUCUUGAUGAAUGAAUUUAAUAUUACAAUCGAUUUAAAAUUUUGCGCAGAUUUUAAUAAUCUUGAUUCAUUUUUGGUUUAUUUCGAUCAAACAAAUGAAAUUAAUAUUAGCUUUAUUUAUUCUACGAUAUUUUCUAUAUCAUCUCUUUCCGAAUAUUUCCUAUUAAAUGGUGCAAAUAUCAAUGAAAAAAAUAUAAAUGGAAAAACAGCUCUUCAUAUCGCAGUAGAAUUUAAUUAUAAAGAAAUAGUCGAACUUCUUAUUUCACACGGUGCAAAUAUUAAUAAGAAAGAUAAUAAUGGAAGAACCGCUCUUCAUAUUGCUACACAAUAUGGUUAUAAAGAAAUAAUCAAACUUCUAAUUUCACACGGUGCAAAUAUUAAUGAAAAAGAUAAAAAUGGAAGAACCGCUCUUCAUAUUACUACACAAUAUAAUUAUAAAGAAAUGGCCGAAUUUCUUAUUUCACAUGGUGUAAAAAUUAAUGAAAAAGAUAGAUUUGGACAAACCGCUCUUCAUGUUGCAGCGGAAUUUCAUAGUAAAGAAAUAGCCGAACUUCUUAUUUCAAAUGGUUCAAAAAUAAAUGCAAAAAAUAUAUAUGGCAAAACAGCUCUUUAUUGUGCAGUUGAAUAUCAUAGUAAGGAAAUAGUCGAACUUCUUCUUUCACAUGGUGCAAUAAUCAAUGAAAAAGAUAAAAAUGGAGAAAUUGCCCUUCAUGCUGCAGCGAGAAAUAAUAGUAAAGAAAUAGCCGAACUUCUUAUUUCACAUGGUGCAAAAAUAAAUGAAAAAAAUAUAAAUGGAAAAACAACUCUUCAUAUUGCAGUAGAACUUAAUUAUAAAGAAAUAGUGGAACUUCUUAUUUCACAUGAUGCAAAUAUUAAUGAGAAAGAUAUAAAUGGAAAAACAGCUCUUCAUGCUGCAGCAAGAAUUAAUAGCAAAGAAAUAGUGGAACUUCUUAUUUCACAUGGUGCAAUAAAUAACGCUCUUUCAAGGCCGUCAAUGAACCCGUAUGUAAUAACAGAUUGA